AUGCUAGUAUCGUCUUCGCAGUCCGAAUCAAUACCAGAUGGCCAUUCCGUCACCAAAAGACUCCAGAGCGAGCUGAUGCAACUCAUGAUGUCCAAUGUGCCCGGGAUAUCCGCUUUCCCUGAAUCUGACUCGGAUUUGCUCAGCUGGAGAGGUAUGGUCGAAGGGCCUACGGAAACGCCAUACGAAGGGCUAAAGUUCAAGCUAUCGCUGCAUUUCCCUCCAAAUUACCCAUACAAAGCGCCCACGAUCAAAUUCAUAUCUCCGAUGUGGCAUCCCAAUGUUGACAUGUCUGGGAACAUCUGCCUGGAUAUUCUCAAGGAGAAGUGGUCUGCGGUGUACAAUGUCCAGACCAUACUGCUCUCCUUGCAGAGUCUUCUGGCCGAGCCCAACAACAAGUCGCCAUUGAACGCGCAGGCUGCUGAUUUAUGGGAUCACGAUAAGGCCGAGUACAAGCGGUUACUGCUUAAUAGAUACGAGGAGAUAGAAGAUUGA